UAGUUCAGCUGAGCAUGAUGGGGUCACUUCCGGGUUUUCUCUGUUCGUGUCCCCCAGACUAGAUUAUUUCCAACAACUGUGCGCGUUUAUUUAUCAACUUUCCCCCGAAAUUACGAGGAAAGGGCUGUUCCCGGCAUCCUUCAAGGUCACCAAGGACUCCGCACGUUCCAUAAAUUGUGUUUCCAAAGCGAUAUUUUGUCUGGAGGAAGGGAAAACGACGAAAUUUUGGAGUGCGACGUGCCAUCCGGCGGAUCCUGGCUUCGCAGCUGUGUUUUGCUUCAUUUAACCAAAUAUCGGGAGUUGGAAUCUCGCCCAGAAUGGGUGAUUAGCACAGAUCUAUGCUCCUGUGAUGAGAUCUUCCCGCUUGUUUGAUGACAUCGCACAGUUGACAACGUGAGAAACGGCAGGGUUCGCGACUGAGACGGUUUCAACGCUGGAAAAACCAGACGGCGGAAAUCCAAGAUGGCCACCCCCAAGUUGAAGCAAUUCCUUAAAAAAGCUCUCGCAAAGUACAAGCACAAAGAUGUAACCCAGAAGGAGGUUAUGUCAACCCUCAAGCACUUUGAAGACCUCAAGCCAGUGGUAGACACGUACGUUUUCAACGACGGUUCGCAGACUGAGUUACUGUGUCUGUGUGGAACUAUUCCUGUCAAGAUAAAAGAACUACGAGGACAAAGUGCAUCGGCAGGGGCGUCAGGAGCUAACACCUACAACAUUCCGGUGUGUAUCUGGCUGACAGAAUUCCAUCCGGAGAUUCCCCCGCUGGUCUACGUUCGUCCGACCGGGAACAUGGUUAUCAACGAGUCCAAACACGUGGACAUGAACGGGAGGGUGUACAUGCCGUAUCUCCAUGAGUGGACACAUGCCCUUCAUCGGUCAAGCAGUGCCUCUAGUGUACCCGCUGCUCGCAGCAGUGCCUCUCGGUCAGGAAAUGCACUUCAACGGUCAAGCAGUGCCUCAGGUGUGCCAUCUGCCCGGAGCAGCCCCUCUCGAACAGGACAUGACUCGGAUCUGAUCGUUCUGAUUCAGCACAUGAGACGGGUGUUUUCCGAGGAGCCUCCCGUGUUCAUGAGAAGCGCGUGCCCGCCGGGAUCGUACCUCCCCGCCGAGAUCGAGAGAAUUCUGACGGACAAGGUUUACCGCAACCGGCAGAUAACACAGCUGGACGUCAGGAACGCCGUCACCAACUUCAAGGAUCUGAAAGUCCACGUGGAUGUGUUCAGUACUCCUGGGGCAUCCAAGAGAGAGUUGCUAUGUCUGAAGGGUACGGUACCUGUAAUCUACAAGGAGAGUACCUACAACAUCCCCCUCAAGGUCUGGCUGUUCGAGGACCAUCCUAACGCAGCGCCCGUCUGUUACAUCGUACCGACCGCCAACAUGAGAAUCAAUGACAGGUGUAAACACGUCAACGCUAACGGGAAGGUGCAACUGCCAUACCUGGACGACUGGAAAGAUGCAAACAGUGACUUGUUCAGUCUGAUCCAGGUGAUGAGGAUUGUGUUUGGUGAGGAGCCGCCAGUCUACGCCCUGGCUGAUGCCACAGGGGCAGACAACACGGUCGUCUCACCUGGUACUACAUCAGGUGAGUCAGGAACAGCCCCCACCUCCGCCAGUUCUGCCCCCCAGCAGGCAGACCAGCCCGUAGCCGACAAGCCGCCCAAGUCUGCAGACAGGGUGCUCUGCCUCAUCUGCAUGGACAAGAAGGUGGACUCGGUGGUGUACGACUGCGGGCACAUGUGCAUGUGUUUCGAGUGUGGGCAGGCCGUGCUGGACGCCCAGGCCAACUGCCCCAUGUGCCGCUCGAAAAUCAAGGACAUCAUCCGAACAUACCAUGCCGGGGUGGCCGAAUAGCAAAAGUCAGCAGUAGUUCUGUAUGAGUAGAAGCAUGGCACUUGUUCAUGAUGUUGUCCACUGCACACAGUACAACAACUGUUGUCCUGAGGUAGGACUUAAACUGUCGUUUCUAGCACAAUGGAGAAGGUUCAAGACAAAUUACAUCAGAACAGUGAUAGUCUUUUGUAAAUAAUUUCAUCAGGUUGGCCAACCUGGUGAAUGAUUGAACUAGUAAUUCUUCUAUUCACAACCACUUGUUUAACAAGAAGUGGUGCCAACCAUUCUAUGACUGUCUGCAAUCUUUAUCAGGGCUUCAGUGCACAGAGAACAAGUCAAUAUAGCCCUGGUGAAGAUGGCAAAGGGCCAUCAAAAGGUCGGCUAGUGAUAAACAAGUGGUUGUGAAUGAAAGGACUUUGCUAUUCAGUAGCAGUCUUUAUUGCUUCUAUGAUGUCACUUACAACUUAUGAUCAACUAAGUGGUGUGCUUUUUCUGCAUAAAAUUAAGAAAUUUCCCACACAAACCUUGAUCUCAGGGUAGAACUAUAGGAGAAUCACAAGGAUUUAGUUUCAAUCUAUGACCAAGCGUUUUUGCCUUGCCUAAGGCCUUCUUGUUCUUGGUUUAUAGGUUCACACUACAUUUGUACAUCUGAUGUAGAUCCUUAUUAAUGCCAAAUUAAGACACAAAUUGUCUUCAAAAUGGUGGAUUGCACAUUCCUGAACUAAGAGUUGUGCGGUCUCUGUCAAAUCUUAGGGUAAGCCACAAAUAAAUUCCACGUUGUGCUGGAGAUUCCAGUUUAAAUCUUGCUUCUUGGGAAUGAAUUCUAACAACACAGGUGGACCUUCAAGUCAACAACUGUUGUUACAGCAUUUUACCAACUGCAAAUCUUUCAUUGUAAAUAGUACCAACAUUGUAUUUAAUGGGCAACUUUCACUAGCUAGUAUGUAUUUUUACUUAAGACUACAAGUAUAGGGACAUCCCCUGUGUAAAGUUGUAUCUGCUAUUUUAAUCAUUCCACUGAUUACAGAAUUACAAUGCAGUUUGUAUAUUAACUGCUUGAAAACUGUUAGGGGUUUUUCAGGUCAUUGGAGGUGUUAAGAUUUGUUCUUUUCCAGUAGAGACUAGAUUACAGCUUGUAGAACAAAUUCAUACUGUUUUUAGAACAACAUCUUCUUCAAAGACAGAAGCAACAUGUGUAUGUUUGUGAUACUAGCAAGAGAAGAAUUAAUGAAGAAAACAUCUGGACCUGAUAUGGUUAUUUCUCUGUUAUUUUGGUAAAUACUGUUUCUCUGAUUGGUUCUCUAUCAUUGUAGCACAUUGUUUUUGUGGUAAUAUCAUGUGACCAACUGUACAUAAGACAAUACUAGUAUGUAAGAACAAAUCUGAUUGGUAGACUGACAGAGACAUUCCUUUUUGAUUGGUCUGGCAUGCAUUUUAGGUGUAACCAUGUGAUAGAAUAGAAGAUUCUUUUAUAAGCCAUUCAAUGCAAGAAUGUUUACUAUUGGACAAGUAGACACUUACAUGUAACUACCAAUGUGAUUGGUCCAGGCAAGCUUAUGUAACACACCUUCUAAUUGGUGCUGAAGCUACCAAUAAAUCGCAGCUUUUGGAACUGUACAAAAUUAAGCUAGUUACUACAAUUGGGCAUGCUGGUUUUUUUUCUGCAAAAGUUUUGAUGCAAUAUGUUUCAUACUGAGCCCAAUAUACUAUGUUAUGUGGUUUUAUGUGAUCAAUUUUCAA